AUGAAGCUGCUAAAGGCUGGAGUGAUUUAUCCAAUAUCAGAUAGUGCAUGGGUCAGCCCUGUACAUGUCGUGCCAAAGAAAGGAGGGAUCACAGUCAUCAAGAAUGAACAUGAUGAGCUCAUUCCAACAAGGACAAUCACUGGACACAGAAUGUGUGUCGACUACAGGAAGCUGAACUCCUCCACGCGCAAGGACCUACCCCUUUAUGGAGGUUCACAUUUCAUAAACAGAAUAUUUGCCAACCUUUUGAAGAAGCAUGGAGUUACUCACAAAGUUGCCUCUCCUUACCACCCCCAAACUAGUGGACAAGUUGAGAUCUCAAACAGAGAGCUCAAGAGCAUACUUCAGAAGACAACAGGCAAAACAAGAAAGGAUUGGAGUGCCAAACUUGAUGAUGCUCUAUGGGCAUAUCGCACUGCUUUCAAAACACCACUUGGUACCACCCCCUUUCAUCUUGUUUAUGGUAAAGCAUGUCAUUUACCAGUGGAGCUUGAGUACAAAGCAGCUUGGGCUAUUAAGGAGUUGAACUUCAACCUAAAGACAGCAGGAGAAAGGAGAUUGAUUCAGCUGAAUGAGCUUGAUGAGAUUAGGCAUCUGGCUUAUGAGAAUUCAAAGAUCUAUAAGGAGAGAACCAAAGCUUUCCAUGACCGCAAGAUCAUCCCAAAGAACUUUGCACCAAACGACCAAGUUCUACUAUUCAACUCAAGGUUGAAACUCUUUCCAGGAAAGCUUCGCUCAAGAUGGUCAGGACCAUUCAGGAUUAAAGAAGUUCGCCCCAAUGGAGCAGUGGUAUUAUGGGAUCCGAUGGGAGGAGACUUUACAGUCAAUGGACAAAGGUUAAAACCUUACCUAGCCUCCACCACCAUACCACAGAGACCACACUAG